AUCCAUUUUUCGUGAUUAUACUUGUUGGCAUGUUAUAAGUUUAAUUAAGGGCAUUCCAUAUUUUACUUACUGAGUUUAUCUCAUAGUUUUCCUUAUCCACCAUAUCAUGAAGCGAAACCGAGGACGGGGAAACCACGGGAAGUGACGAGUUAGAAGGCUAGCCAUUUCGAGAUUGAUAUAGAUUUUAGAUAUAAAUUAUGAUCUUGAUGACUUGGUUGUAAAUCUGCUUAGCUUCCAUGGGCUACGAGCCUUGCGCGUUUCUGCUCUUCUUCUCCUUCUCACCCGACAGCCCCUCAAGCCCCCCCCAGCCACCGACUGCCCUUCCCUUGAGAAAAACCAAAAUUCGGAUCUACCCUGCUCUGCUUCUUACGUCCACUGCUCUGCCGUGUGUGGGGGUGAGUUUCUCAGUUUUUCUGUGGCGUGAAAGCUCCUCCAAUUUCCCGCCGGCUUCCCCAAUCUGCAGCUCCAGUUCCUUGCUUGCAAAUUCUGAUAUGUGGCAGCCCUUUAAGCCUAAAAUUAUCCGUUUAGUUUGCUGCCUUGUGAUGUCCGAAAAUCUACAGUAAUUAGCGGAUAAUUCCGGUAGCUUUAGGAUAAAGUUUAAGCAUUGAUUCAAGUGGAAUUUAUGUGAUUGAGUGUUAAUUAACUGCUGUUAGAUUUUGGAGAACAAUGCCGUGAAAUUAACUAGUGUUUUGGCUAAUUUUUGGAAGUGCAGUUACUGUUUUCAGCACUGUUCAUGGUACUGUACUCGGGUACUGUUUACACAUUAAUGGCCAACAAUUAAUGGAGAUUUAAAUGUUUAGUUUGUGAUAUAAGAGCAAAUUUGGAGAUAUUUGAUCAUGGGAGAUUGAUAGGAAUAGCAUUGUGAUUAUGGGGUAGUCAUGGUGGUUUUACUUUUGAAUCCAUGGUACGGUAUUAAUUUUGGAUAUUUUGAUUAGGUUCUUGAUCGUUCUGUCAGUUUAGCACUGAGAUCGAGUCUUCGGUUUUAUGCGAUUUGAGUGAUUGGUGAAUUAUGAUUUUUCUGUUAACUUCUGCCUGUUUUGUCUUCGAUAUGGUCAUGUUAUUUGUGUGCCCGCUAGUGGGAGGUUUAUAAACGCUAGCACAUGUCGACAUGUUACUGAUAGAACCGGUUCGUUUCUAUUAUCCUGCUAGUGGGAUUAUACACUAGUAAAUCGUGUGCCUGUCAGUGGGAGAUUUAUAACACUGGCCAUGACUUAUAGAGGAGAUGUCUAUUUCGUUCCCGUACUGUAUCCGUUUUUUGUGAUUACACUUGUUGGCAUGCUAUAAGUUUAAUUAAGGGCAUUCCAUAUUUUACUUAUUGAGUUUAUCUCAUAGUUUUCCUUAUCCACCAUAUCAGGAAGCGAAACUGAGGACGGGGAAACCACGGGAAGUGACGAGUUAGAAGGCUAGCCAUUUUGAGAUUGAUAUAGAUUUUAGAUAUAAAUUAUGAUCUUCCUUGCCUGAUUCUGCUCUUCUUUUUCUUUCUUCCCGCUGCAGCCACUCGAAAGAAAAAGAAAGGGAACCCGACAGCCAUGCUUGAGGAAAUCGGUAGAGAGCUUGAUUUUUCCCUUCUUUUCUUGUCCAAGAACCUGAUUUGGAACCCAGAAAU